UUCUGGGAGACCAGUCAAGGACGUUGGUGUGGAGGCGAGGUAAUCACCACCAUGAGUUCCAGUGUGCUGCCGAAACCUCAGAUGCGUGGUCUUCUGGCCAGGCGUCUGCGGAUUCACAUUGUGGGCGCAUUCAUUGUGGCCCUGGGAGUUGCGGCUUCCUGUAAGUUUGGCGUGGCUGACCGAAGAAAGAAGGCGUAUGCAGAUUUCUACAGAAAUUAUGAUUUUAUGAAAGAUUUUGAAGAGAUGAGGAAGGCUGGUAUCUUUCAGAGUGCUAAGUGAUUUCUGAAUGCAGAG